AUGCAACUAGAUGUCCUGGUCUCACGAGGAAAGUUCAAUUUUGGAGGAAAUAACUUAGCCCAUCCCCUCGAACUCUGGUUGGUGGAGGAUUACAAAAAUACCUGCUACGUUGAAUUACGAGACCAUUCGGAAGCACUUCAGCGUCUAUACAAAGCCUGCAGAGAAAUCAAAGCCAACCGGGCUGUUCAAAGUUCUGCUCGAAGUUCGCAGUGCGUUAGGGUCCAUAUACCCAAUUUUAUUGGAAACAAGGACUAUUUACGGCGAGUACCUCCGGAUGAAAUGGAGCGGGUUUUCAGUGCUCCAGUUAAAGUAAUCUCUUCCAUUAUCCGAAAAGCUCUACGCGAUGCCGGUAUUACUGCGACAGAUAUCGAGGCAAUUGUCAUGGUUGGAGCUAAGAGCAACAUACCAGAGGCGGCACAACUGCUGCACACGUUGUUUCCCGAAAAACAAGUGCUUCAGGACGCUAGCCCUGGUGAGUCGAUAGCAUGUGGAGCGGCAAUACAUGCUGCUCAUUUGAUGGAAGACCUUUCUCGACGUGAGGCAGAAACGUCUGUGCAAGAUGAAACUUUUGGUGCAACGUGCAUUUAUCGCUAUGGCAAUUCUGACUACAUAGGGGGAGGCCAGUUUGGCAGUGUUUACCGAGCAGCGAUUGUAAGCCGUGGAAAUUUUAAUGGAAGCCCUCUCGUGGCGGUCAAGGUUGUUAAGUUAAAAAAGGAAGAGUUGGAAAUGUAUUCAAGGCUCCGUGACAGGUUUAGCAAGCUGAUUGGACUUAAACACGAUCAUUUAGUGACGUACCAUAAAGUGGCCAUCACGAAAGCACUAGGCGGUGCAACCGUGGAAUUAAUGAUGGAUUACUAUCGUGAUGGUGACUUAUCCGCUUAUAUAAAAAUCAUCAAAGAAGGCAAGGUCUUCCUUAGCGAAUCAAUAGUCAUUCGAUAUUUAUUGCAAAUAGCAGAAGGAGCGCUUUUUCUGCACCAGCAAGGUCUUAUUCAUUGGGAUCUGAAACCUGCGAAUGUGCUAGUGAAGCGCUCGGAUACCGAAACAAAGAUUUUAGCGAUUUGUGAUUUGGAUGACUUCGUACAGAUGAAACGCAGUGAUAUUAGCUGCUCCAACGAUAUCACUCACAUACGGGGAACAAUUCGUUUUAUGUCGCCAGAAAUGAUAAAGAAAUACGUUGCAAUUUGCCCAACGAAAUCUCCCGGACGAAGUGCCGAUAUCUGGAGUUUGGGAUGCGUUACUCUGGGACUUGCGAGUUUAACGCAAACUCAUACAUUCAACAAAAAAUGGAUCGUUUGUCCAGCAAGCGGAGACAAAAUCGAAGCUGGAGACGACAUUUCCGACAAUCGGUUUAUGGAGAAAAUAGUUGCCGGCUACGUGCCGUUUGUUUCGGAAGACAUCCCGGAACAUUUGGCCAUGUGCCUUCGGCAGUGUUUGUCCGCGUCAAGCGAAGACAGAAUAACUGCAACCGAUCUCAUAAAACAGCUGAAAGUGUCAACAUCCACCUCUUAAAACGCUUAUUGCAGUAGUGGUUUAUAUCUGCAGACUGUACUUGGCUAAGGUUGUAGCAUAUGCGUGUGAAAGCUUGUGAAAGGGUGCAUUGAAAAUAGAGGAGUUGGCUUGCAAGUUGCUCUUUCCCCACAAAGGUAAAUAUCUGUAAUUCAACCAAAAAAUCGUUGAUCCAUGCCUUUUUAAGUAGUGUCAACUGAAAUGCUCUAGCAGCACCUAAGGGUAUUAUACGAGGCUCAGGUGAAUACACAGAUAGCGUCACGCAGACUAAUCGUUUUCCAUACAGCAACCGAAGCUGGGACAAACUUGGAUGUCCCAAGUAU